AACCAAUCAGAAGAUGGGUAGAGGCAAUAUGGCGUUGCCCACACCUGUCAAAGUCAAAAACUACAAGAUUUGAUAAGUUAUAAGGAAAAAAAAUGAGCCCCUGAGCUAAAUUAGAAAUCUUCUAGUAUACAUAGAAUGAUAGUGAUUUCUAGUAAUUGAAUUAGUCCGCCAAAUGCACCCACAUGAUUUUCAAAUUAGCUGGAAAAUGGCGGAUCCCGACCUAACCUUGAUGUUAUUUCGUGACUCUGAUUGGAGGGUCUCUAAGUUCGACGCAGGUAGAACAAACGAUCCUAUGUGGAUCCAUGUGGAUCUUUGCAGAUCUUUGUGGUUCUUUGAUAUCAAGCGAAGUUACUAAAAUUGACAGUAGCUCGGAUGGAUGAUUCUUUUGAUCGGUGGCGUGAUUCGCCUCGUACGGAUGGAAAGACUAUUGUCAUUUCUGAUAGUGAGGAAGAUAUCGAUAAUAAUGCCGGGAAAGAGCAAAUCCUUGUGAUCGAUAGCAGUAGAAGUAGUAGUAGCGUUUCUAGAAGUAUAACGCCAGAAGUGUCGUCAUCAUCCAAGAAAUCACCAGUAUCAGAAAUUGACAUCGAGGAUAGAAUUAGGAAGUUUAUUCCUGGUUAUUCUGAUAACGAAAACCAAAAUGAUGCAUCGUGCAGUGAUAGCCAUGAGGAUGAUAUGGAUUAUAGUAUUUCAAGCGAUGGCAGUGAAAAAAUUAUUACCAUACAGAGUAAGAAAACAAAGAAAAAUAAAUCCCUCGGUGCCUCUAUGAAAAGCAUUAAUACUAUGGAAAUUAGUAACAUCACACUGAACAAUGAAUCUAACAAUAAUAGUAUGGUAGAUGGAUACGCCAGUACCACAUCCACAAGUACAUUUAUGCAUACACCCAACAAAAGAAGAGAUUUGAACACUGAAUUCUAUUCUUCCGAAGAAGAUGAAGAUGUACAAUUCGUUAAAGAAGAAUUCAUUGCUCCCGAAUUUACGUAUCCCGUUGACUCGGAUUCCGAUUAUGACAUAAAUAGCAUACCGACGAAACUGAGACAAUCGCUAGAAAUGAACGAACUCGGGGCGAGAGCUCAAGCAACGCUGAAUAAGGAAUUAGCUUUAACAAUCGAUAGAAUACAAGAUUUACAUGGGUCGCUUCUAGAUAGACCGACCGAAGAACAGAAAGCAGACGAUCCACCGGGGUUGAAAGUACGGCUAAUGCCGCAUCAGCAACACGCGUUGGCAUGGUUAAUGUGGAGAGAGCAACAGAGACCACCUGGUGGAGUUCUCGCCGAUGACAUGGGUUUGGGUAAAACUUUAACGAUGAUAUCUUUGAUCGUUGUUGCGAAAAGAUUCAGAAGUACGGAUGAUAGUAGCGACGAAGAAUGGACAAAUAAUAAAACAACAUUGAAACACAGAGGCGGUACGCUCGUGGUUUGCCCAGCAUCUCUGUUAUCCCAGUGGGAGAAUGAAAUACUCAACAGAUGCAGACGAGGUCUGCUUUCCAUUGAGCUUUACCAUGGGACCAACCGAGAAACUGUGCCAAAGAGAUUAGCGAGAAACGACGUAGUCAUUACGACAUACAACAUAUUAAGUCGCGAAUAUAAGUCCAGAUCAACGACGUACAAAAUCCAUUGGGACCGCGUGAUACUCGACGAGGCGCAUAUCAUUCGAAAUCAUAAAAGCCAGGCAUCCGUGGCCGUGUGCGGUCUCGUGGCAAACAAACGGUGGGCGCUCUCUGGUACCCCUAUACAGAAUAAGGAAAUGGAUUUGUACUCGAUUUUUAAAUUCCUCCAAUGUACGCCUUUCGACGAUUUACGAGUUUGGAAACGUUGGGUAGACAACAGAGACCAUUCUGGUCAUAAACGAUUGGCAACCGUGAUGAACACGCUAAUGUUGCGGAGAACGAAACAAGAGCUCCAAGAUAAGGGCGCGCUACAAUGUUUACCUGAUAAAACGAUAGAGGAAAUAAUUGUAGAGCUCGAUAAGCAGGAAAUGUUGAUAUAUGAGAAAGUCUUGAUCUACUCUCGCACCUUGUUCGCUCAAUUUUUGUCGCAGAGAGCAGAGAAACAUCACAUGAACGAUUUAGCCAGCGGGGCGUACGAUAGACCGACGUUUCUUUCGAAUCCAAACAGAAAUACCCAAUUCACAAAAGCGCAGAAUAAAUUAUUAUCGUUGCAUGCUGACGUUAAGAGUCACGAAAUUUUGGUACUGUUGUUGAGAUUACGUCAAAUUUGCGUUCAUCCGACCCUUAUUCACUCGAUGCUGGACCAAGAAGAUAUGAUGGAGAGUGGAAUAAUGGAUAUAGAAAAUGUAGAUCCAAACAUGUUGAUACGAAUGAACAGUAUAACGUUGCAAGAUUGUGAUGAUAACAAACAUGAAAAUGAUCAGGAGAUGGGCGUUGACCGUAGGGUAACCACCAAUUUACUCACGUCCAAGAAUCCUGUUUUUAAGGCUGAGCGUAUAAGUUCCAAGAUGAAAGUGGUACUUCGUAAGGUCGAGGAAAUUUUAGAGAGAAAUGAUAAAUUGAUUAUUGUUUCUCAAUGGACGUCUAUGCUGAACAUUGUAGGGUCGUAUUUGCCUUCGAUAAAAGGUGCCACGUUUAGUAUGUUCACAGGGCAAGUGGCCAUCAAGGAUCGACAGGGUGUAAUGGAUUCAUUUAACUCUACAAACAGAGAUCCAAGAAUAUUAUUACUUUCCCUUACUGCUGGAGGUGUUGGAUUGAACUUGGUUGGUGGAAAUCAUUUAUUAUUAAUCGACAUUCACUGGAAUCCGCAACUGGAAGUGCAAGCGCAAGAUAGGAUUUACCGUUUCGGGCAAAAGAAGAACGUUUCCAUAUACAAGUUUAUUUGCAAAGAUACGAUAGAAGAGCGCAUCCAGCAAUUGCAGGAGAAGAAAGUGGAAAUAGCGCAAAGUGUUUUAAGCGGCGGUAAAACUUCCGUCGCCUCGAAACUCACCCUCAACGAUCUCAAAUCUCUAUUUGGUUUUUAAUUUUAAUACCUUUUUUACGUGUAUCAUUUAUUUAGGCUUAAAACGUCGUUGUAAUAAUUAUUACAUUAUAGUAUUAAAUAAAAUGUUUAUUUAGAUCCUC